AUGUAUCUGUUACAAAUUUACGUUCUGUUUUCGAAUAUAUAUCUAUUUCAUUGUCUAAAAUCACUAUUAUUUAUCCCAUUAGAUGAACGUUUUACAACUCGAAAUAUUGUUCUCAAUUUGGGUAACUUAAUCAAAGAUGAUUAUGAGCUAAUAACACCAUCCCUCGAUAUUAUAAGUCAUUGGAAAUCACCAGCUAACAUAGAUGCUUUACAAACAUGGUUAAAUGAAGAAAUAAUUAAAUCAAAUUGUACAAAUGAAAACAAUAAUAUUUGUUAUAGUUUAAUAUCUAGUGAACUACUAUUCUAUGGUGGUUUAAUUCAUAGCCGAUGUAGUAAUGAUUCAGUUUCAAUUAUUCAAUCUCGUAUUGAACAGUUAAUUAAUUUAAAAAGAAAAUAUUCAUCAUCAUUAAAACUUUAUUUAAGUCAAAUUAUCAUGCGAAUACCCGCCUAUGAUGAAGACUUUGAAGAACCGCAUUAUUGGGCAAUAUAUGGUAGAUUGAUUUUCGAAUGGAGUUUUUACUAUGAUCGAUACACAGUAUUACAUCAACAAUCAGAUUAUGAUGAAAUGAAAGAACGUGAAAAGAAAAUACCAGAAAGUGUAUUAAAUGAAUUUCUGUGGAGAAGACAGCGCAAUUACAAUGUCACAAAUCUCAUAUUAACAGAAUAUUCACAAUAUUUUGAAAAAAUAUGGAUCACCCUGGAUGAUAAUGCUUUGUAUGGCUUGAAUAAAGCAGAAGAGAGAAAUUUGACAGAUUUAAUUAAUAAUAUUUUAAAUAUAACAGAUAAAGUGAAUUUGUAUCCAGGUGCAGAUGAAGUUAGUUUAACAAUGUUAAGUAAAAUUGUUGUCGAUGAUCUUAGUUUAACUAAUAAACUGCGCUUUUCAAUCAUAUAUAGAAACACAUCCACGGUUAACUUCAUACCUAACUAUGAGGGAUCGCCAUUGAAUGAGAGUAUUGUCAAACAAGUAAAUGCUGCUGGUGGCAUUGUUGUGAGUAAUAAUGAUCCAAAUUUUAAUCUGAAUAAUACUGACGUUAUUGUUAUUGUUAACAAUUGGUCAACAAAUGCACAGCAAGAAGCAACACAAACUCAAACAUGUGAAAAUUAUACAACGCUAGAACAAUUUUUAAAUUAUAGUAGUGAAAAAGCGAUUGUAUUGGCUGAUGUUCGAUAUAGUAACGGUGGUGAUUUAUGUUUUGUUGAUUGGAUUUUGAACAACAAAACAACACAAGGACUUUUAAAAUUUGGUAACUACUCUUAUGCGGGUUGGAAUACAAAUGGAAAUACAUUGGGCACGUGUAUUAGUAAUGGAAUGUUAUUGUCAUUAUUUCAAACAAACGUCAACACAAUUAAUCAAAAUAAACGUUUUACAUUGUAUCGUUUUGCAGAAGAUGCCAAAUAUCAGGCAUCGCUAAGACAAAGUUUGUAUGAAUAUCUAACACAAGUAUCAUACGAUCCUACUGACCAUUUAGAUGUCGAUAUCGACUUCUAUUCACAGUUCGUACAAAAGGGUUUACGGCACUACGUACAACAAAUACAAAAGGAAUGGAAUUUAGAGUCAUUAUACUUUCCAUGGAAUAGAACGUUUGAAAUUGGAUUUAGUAUUAACUCUGCAUUGCAGAUCUCUCUCGAUACCUACCAACACUAA